UACGGGUAAACCGGUUUUCAGGAAAAGGUGUCGGAUUUUCGGUAUCCACAAAAUGGACCGAUACCUUCCAUCUCCGUUCCUCUCACUUUAUCCGCGAGUUCUCAUUUAAUGCGGUCGCAGUUAAAUGUCUCUUCUCUUGCUCAAACGACCAAGUUGUGACUCGCUGGGCUCUUAGAGAGAGAGACUCGUUAACAUAAGAAUGCCGUUGUCUUUUUUUUUCUCAUAGUGUUUUGCGUCAUCAAAUAGACUAGGAUAGUUUUGGUUCUUUUUUUAAGAGAGAUAAAUAAGAAAGAGACAAAUAAGAAAAUAAUACUUGGACUAGACAAAAAAAAGAGCAAUAACUUGGACUAGCCGAUGAGCAGUCUUCUUGAAAAAAAGGUAACUUUAUUUGACACCCUAAAGAAAAUCAACUUUAAAAUGUUUAUGUCUCUACAUUCUGUAAGCAUUUCUAUCUCUGAAAAAAAAUCAUUUUAAAAUCCAAUGAGAUAAAGGAACUACAUCAUCAGAAAAAAAAAUUCAACUGAUUGUCGAUGACAAUAGUUAAAUGCAAGAAAGAAUGAUACCGAUGUAAAAAAGAAGCUUCUGCAUGGAAGGUUUGGCUAAGAGCACUCGGCUCAAUAGGCAAGGUUCGAGAGUAAGGCGUCACCGCAGUCAGGAAUGGCAAGAUUACAGCAGUUCGGAUAAUGAGGAGCAUCAUCAUGUGGAUUCCAGAGCCUACAGAUACCCGUCAACUGAAGAUACCUAUGAAGAUCAAAGAGGAUCUGAGUCAAGAAAGCUUGGAUUGGAGAGAGGCCGAGGAAGAGGAAAUGGUAGUGGACGCUCGUACAGUCACAGCAGUAUGGAGCUCCUUACAGGAAGGAAUUAUUUUAGUGGAUCAGAUGGAGAAUUGGAAGUCUCGGCCAAUGAUAUUGUAUAUCCGCCUGGAGCUAUAUCUGUAAUGAACUCAGUGACACCUACAUCAGCUCCAGGAAAAUAUAAUGCAUAUGGUUCAUUGCCUAGACAGCCGAACCAAGGUGGUGUUAGGGAUCAAUCACAGGUAUCCAAUAAACAAAAUCAACAACCUCAGGGAGGUAGAGAAUCUAGAAGUGGUUCGACCACAGGUCUCCAAGGGAAUAACGCUAAUUCUUCGAAAGGCAGAAUGUCACUUUCAUUAAGAAGAGGUCCAUCUUCAUCUUCCACUUCGGAUAAUAACUCCGAUGCUACAUUUACUGACACAGAAUUCAAUGCUAGAAGGCAAGGUGGAUUGCAAAGCCAAAGUGUUUUUGGGGAAAGCCCUCCAGAACCAGCACCCCCAGCAGUACCACCACGCAGUAUGAACGGAAUGCAUCCGAUGGAAGCCUUAGGUAGACGAGCACGUUUAGGAUAUUUAGAAAGUGAAUGUGAAUCAGAACCACCCUACUUACCCACUAUGCUAACAUCAACAUUGAACGCCUAUGCCUCACAAGAUCUGAACUCUAAUCCAAAUUUAUCGAAAUCUCAUAUUGAAGAUGCCUCAGAAAAUAGCAGUGAAUUGAUCAGCAGUGUAAAUAGAAUGAAUUCCUUAGAAAAUGAAAGAAUAUACUCGCCUCCUCAACAAACACCAUCACUGCAGCAUGGCGAUUUAAAUUCAAGCAAACCACCGAACCUACCAAAUAAAGACAUUCCAAUAGGAAGCCUACAUUCUUCUACGACAGUAGCUACCACUAUAUCUGCAACCACGAACAACAGCACCAGCUCCAGCAAUACUGGAGCAACUUACAGUAAUCCUAUUCCAGUAUUCUGCAGUACACCGAGCUCCACAACGGGACCGAUGGUUCCUAUAACAAACUGUGUCAAUCCUCAACUGAUCCAGCCACCUACAGCACCUCCAACUACAGCAACUAGAAGGCCUUUUAAAGCAACCUCAGCAUUUUCGGCUACAGCUGCUAUGGCUUCGUCCAGGUUCCAUUUUAGAAAAAACUGUAGUAGAAAGUGUACGUGGAAAAUAGCAACUUUUGCUCUUGCCUUUGUUACCAUUGUGCUUUCUGCCUGUGUAGCAUAUUUUGCUGCCGUUGGAGGCAUUGAUGAAGCCUUAGAGGGGAAUUCUCCUUGCAUUGUUGUUGAAGAUGGUCGACAUAGCGGUAGUGGAAGUACUGGUACUCCUUUGUCUCUUCUAACAAAAGGCGAGUAG